AGCAGCAGCAGCAGCUGGUCGUUGCGUCUGGCAACAAUCGCAGAGACAGCGAGAAAUAAUGACCAAGAGGCGAAUGCCAAUCCUGAAAGUAUUUCAUGAUGCAACCUACCUGCUGGGAGAAUUCCUGCCUGAGCCUUACUAUUAUGCAAGAGGAGAUGCAGCUGCACGUUGGCAGUGACUAUACAUAUAAAUGAUGUGCUAAAUAAUCGCCUGAGACCAAUGAAAUACACAAAAUUGUAUCUAUGUGGUGAUCUUUCCAAUGCAACCAUGAAGCAGGUAUAUUCCCAUCUCUGGCUGAGACCCUAUCAACUACCGAUGGGCUUCUAAGAGGGGAGUCAGGGAAGAGGCUUAUUUAAAUUUUAUAUUCAUUAUAUUGUCAAGUCUACUGGCUCCUAAUCUGUCUUCAUUGUCGCUGGGAUUGCUCCUCUUGUGCUGCCGAGUCAUCAUGGGACUAACCUAAAGUGUUGAGAGACUUUCCAUCACCGGUUGCUGCAAGAUGGUUAAAUGAACAGCUGGGAAGUGACCCUCACCUGGACCUUCAUGGAUCUUCAUUGCCAUAGGAAUAUGGGACGCUGAUCCUUGGGCGAUUAAAAAAAAAAAAAAAAAACAGUUUAAAAUCAACUUUCCUAACUGUCACUACAGUGACUGAUCAGUUGCAGGUAGUUCUAAUGAAUUAACCCAGCAAGAGCCGCUUCCUUCAGGAGGAUGAUGAUGAUGAGGAUUGAGUAACGGUGCAAAGUCUCUAAUAUGCUUUUAAACUCACCUGUGACACUGGGAAGUGAAAGAUUUGCAAGGACACUAAUCUUUCAGCCACACUUUAUAUUGCACCUCUUCUGUUUUCAUUUAGUGAGAAUUGAGCAGCCAGAGAGUGAGAGAUCUUUUCACACACAGAGACUACUAAUGGUUUAUGUUCUUGAGCAUCAUAUUAUUUCCCCCCUCUUGUGUUUUAAGAAGAGAACAUCUCUGUAUGCUUGUGGUCCCUGAUGGUCCUGGCCAGGCUCUGGGGGGGCUUCAGAUCUCAGCCUGUAACUGUCCCCCUCCUAAGCUGCCUCUGCACUAGGAUGUUGCGGAAGGUUCUGCACAGGGGCCUGAGAAAUUGCUUUUCAAGACUUGGCUUUUUUAUUGCCAGCCAUCCAGUGUUUUUUAUCUCAGCCCCAGUAUUGAUCUCAAUCUUGCUGGGGGCCAGUUUCAGUAGGUACAGAGUAGAGGAGAACAUCGAAUAUUUGCUUGCCCCUAAACACAGCCUGGCCAAGAUAGAGAGGAACCUAGUGGAUAGCCUCUUCCCUGUAAAUCGAUCCAAGCAUCGUCUGUAUUCUGAUCUGCAAACUCCUGGAUGGUACGGCAGGGUCAUCAUCACAUCUUCUAGGAGAGCCAACAUGCUGGACCAACAUCACACCGAUCUUAUCUUAAAGUUGCAUUCAGCGGUGAAAAAGAUUCAAGUUCACAGACCGGGAUUUAAUUAUACAUUUGCUCAUAUCUGCAUGUUGAGCAAUCAGAAGACCUGCAUUGUGGAUGAUAUAAUUCAUAUCCUGGAAGAAUUAAAGGCAGCUCGCUCACAAAACAGAACAAACUAUAUCAUCACGUAUCCCAUCACAAUGUUAAAGGAUGGAAAAGAGGUGUAUAAUGGACACCAGCUGGGCGGUGUAACAGUUCACAGCAAAGAUCAGGUUAAAUCCGCUGAGGCCAUUCAACUCACAUAUUACCUUCAGGCAAUCAACUCCCUCAAUGAAGUGGUGUCAGAAAAAUGGGAAACUAAUUUUUGUGAAACUGUAGAAAGCUUCCAAAAAUUAAACAGGGAGGUCAAAUUGUACCCUUUCACUUCUUCAUCUCUAGGACAGGAUUUUCAAAAAACCAGCAGGGUUUCAGAGCGCUACCUGAUCACAAGCCUUGCCUUAGUUGUCUCACUGGCUGUAAUCUGUUGCUCCAUGCAAGACUGCGUCCGAAGCAAACCUUGGCUUGGUCUUCUUGGAUUGGUAACUAUCAGUCUUUCUACACUUACUGCUGCUGGAAUCAUCAAUUUAACGGGUGGAAAAUACAACUCUACUUUCCUGGGGAUUCCAUUUAUCAUACUAGGUCAUGGAUUAUAUGGAACAUUUGAAAUGCUGUCAUCUUGGAGGAAAACUAGAGAGGAUCAGCAUGUGAAAGAGCGGACUGCUGUUGUGUAUGCAGACACCAUGAUCUCUUUUACACUCACAACUGCCAUGUAUUUAGUCACUUUUGGGAUUGGUGCCAGUCCCUUCACCAACAUCGAAGCUGCAAGGAUUUUCUGUCGCAACUCAUGUAUAGCAAUCUUUUUCAACUACCUCUAUGUAUUGUCAUUCUAUGGCUCUAGCCUUGUGUUUACUGGGUACAUUGAGAACAAUUACCAGCAUAGUAUAUUCUGUAGAAAGGUGCCAAAGCCUGAAAUAUUACAGGUCAAGUCAUUGUGGUACAGAUUUCUUAUGACAGCAAAAUUUUGUGACGAUACAGCGGAUGCCGAAGAAACAAAUUCUUAUGAAAGUCAUCUUUUAGUUUGUUUCCUCAAGCGAUAUUACUGUGACUGGAUAACAAAUACAUAUGUGAAGCCUUUUGUAAUCCUCUUUUAUCUGGUUUAUAUUUCCUUUGCCUUAAUGGGCUAUUUGCAGGUCCAUGAAGGGUCAGAUCUAAGAAACAUUGUAGCAACCGAGACAAGAACAAUUACAUACACAACCGUCCAACAAAAGUAUUUCAGCAACUAUAGCCCGGUGAUAGGCUUUUAUAUUUAUGAAUCUAUAGAUUACUGGAAUACAAGUGUCCAGGAAGAUGUACUGGAAUACACAAAAGGCUUUGUCAGAAUAUCCUGGUUCGAGAGCUACUUGAACUAUCUCAGAAAAUUAAACGUGUCCACUGGAUUGCCUAAGAAGAAUUUUACAGAUAUUCUACGAUAUUCAUUUUUGAAAACCCCCCGAUAUGCACAUUUUUCAGAAGACAUAAUCAUACCCAAAAAAUAUAACAACAACGUUGAAGUGGUAGCCUCCAGAAUGUUUUUGGUUGCCAAAACUAUGGAAACAAACAGGGAAGAACUCUACGACCUUCUAGAGACUUUGAGAAAAUUGUCUUUGACCUCCAAAGUGAAAUUUAUAGUCUUCAAUCCAUCCUUUGUCUAUAUGGACAGAUACGCCUUGUCAAUCGGAGCACCUUUACAGAACUCUUGCAUAAGUGCUUUGUUUCUGUUGUUUUCCUCUGCGUUUCUAGUUGCAAAUUCUAUCAUUAAUGUCUGGAUCACUUUAACUGUUGUCUCUGUAGAAUUUGGAGUAAUCGGGUUCAUGACAUUGUGGAAAGUUGAAUUGGACUGCAUAUCCAUGCUUUGCCUAAUCUAUGGGAUUAAUUACACGAUAGACAACUGUGCUCCUCUUAUAUCAACUUUUAUCCUUGGAAAAGAAUUUUCAAGGACUAAAUGGGUAAAAAAUUCUCUGGAAGUGCACGGGGUAGCUAUUUUACAGAGCUACCUUUGUUAUACUGUUGGUAUGAUCCCUCUUGCAGCUGUGCCUUCAAAUCUGACCCGUACACUGUUUCGGUGCUUGUUUUUAAUAGCUUUUGUCACAUUCUUUCACUGCUUUGCUAUUUUGCCAGUUAUACUGGCAUUUGUUCCACCAUCAAAGAAGAAAAGGAAAGAGAAGAAAAUCCCAGAAAACUUCGAGGAAAUAGAGUGUGUUGAAAUGGUGGACUUGGCUAGCACGAGAGUAGUUGACCAAAUUACAACUGUCUGAUAUUUAAAAUUUUUACUUUUCACCCUAGGUCUUACUAGAAAAAAAUAUUUUAAUGGAACAUCUAAACUGUGUGGGUAAAAAUCAUGAAAAAUGUAUCCAAUACAGCCCAUAGGAUUGAUGUUUUGAAACAUACGUUUAGCCUCAAUAGAAAUGAACAGAUUUUACAAUAAAUGAUACUCACUUUUUAAAUACUGUGGUGAUAUAAUGAUAGUAGAGAAGAAUAUAUUUCUAAAUUUUGUGUAAAACGUACGUGCAUUGCCAUAAAUGGUACAAAAAUCUACACUUUUUUCCCCAGAAAACCCGGAGUCAUUAAAAUGGCCAAUUUUGGAAAUUUUUUGGAAUUUGACAGGUUGAAAAAUAAUUUAUUUCAGUGCUGUUUCAUUUUAUAAAACAAAUAGGACAGGCGUAAGAAACACUAGCAAAUUUUUCCAGCUAAAGAAAAAACAAUUAGCAAAUUUUUACUAAUUUGGAUUAUAGAAAAAGAUAAGCAAGAAUGGUUCUUUGUGCUUACAAUUUGAGAUUUAGGUUCAUUUUGUUGAUUUUUUUAUUAAUUAACUGAUGGUAAUAUGUUUCCCCUUCUAACUGUUUAACUGUUCUUUCUGCUAGAAGUGUAAUUAUUUUACUUCAUGUAGCUUUUUCAAUAAAAAAAAGAACAACUUUUUUUAUGCUUUUUAGAAUUAAUUAAACUGGC